UAAGUAGUGAGUAGGAGUGGAGCUUCUAGUUGGGCACCAGUUAAGUUUCUCCAUGUUCAAUGACACAAAUGACUAAGAAAGCCAUUAAUAAUGUCAGAAGAAUGACAUCACAUCCAACUCUUCCUUACUACCUGACAGGUGCUCAAGAUGGGAGUGUCAGAAUGUUUGAGUGGGGCCAUUCUCAGCAAAUAACCUGUUUUCGAUCUGGUGGCAAUUCAAGAAUUACAAGAAUGAGAUUUAACUAUCAGGGAAAUAAGUUUGGAAUUGUUGAUGCUGAUGGAUAUUUAAGUUUGUACCAAACAAACUGGAAAUGUUGUCCAGUUACUGGGAGCAUGCCUAAGCCAUAUCUGGCUUGGCAGUGUCAUAACAAGACAGCCAAUGACUUUGUCUUCGUUAGUUCCUCCUCUCUGAUAGCUACAGCUGGUCUUUCAACCGACAAUAGAAACAUAUGUCUAUGGGAUACUCUAGUUGCACCUGCUAAUAGUUUAGUCCAUGCUUUUACCUGCCAUGAUAGUGGAGCCACAGUUUUAGCAUAUGCUCCCAAACAUCAACUACUAAUAUCAGGUGGCAGAAAAGGUUUCACGUGUAUAUUUGACCUUCGACAACGGCAACAGAGGCAGCUUUUUCAGAGCCAUGAUUCCCCUGUUAAAGCCAUUGCUGUUGAUCCAACUGAAGAGUACUUUGUUACAGGAUCUGCAGAAGGCAAUAUAAAGAUUUGGAGUCUUUCUACCUUUAGUCUUCUCCAUACUUUUAUCAACGAACAUGCUCGGCAGUCUAUUUUUAGAAAUAUUGGAACUGGAGUCAUGCAAAUUGAGACAGGACCAGCAAAUCACAUUUUCUCUUGUGGAGCUGAUGGAACAAUGAAAAUGAGGAUACUACCGGAUCAGUUUAGCCCUUUAAACGAGGUGUUAAAGAAUGAUGUAAAAUUGAUGCUGUAACAUUUUCACAAGAGGGUGUAUGAUUUAUGACCUGCUUUGUGAACGUGGCCAACGGAUGCAGUAUGCAGUAAUCCCUUGUACCAAGGAUAAGCUAAUGCUUUCUUCUUCUCAUAUUUAUUUUAUGUAGCUUUGCCCUUGAUGCACUGAUGCCUUAAAAGUUACAAGUCACUCAGUUAGAUCCUAUUGCCUAACAUAGAAUGUUAGAAUGUAUAAAUAAUGCUGUAGUCAUACUAUUUAUAGUAUAUUUUAGUAAAUAUGUCAUCAUGUUAAAGGAACUUUGUUUUCUCAUUGUUACAAACCCUUCUGCAGACCCCACUGCAUGAAUUCCAUUGACAGGAAAACCCUUUAAGACAGGUGCCGAAAUAAUACUCACUUAUUGACUACAUUUUCAAUACGUUAUCACACAGACAUAAUUCUUUUCCUGUUAAUAAUGAGAAGUUUAUAUAUAGGUAAGAUAAGAAAUCUCCAUUAAAACUGCUAUUGGGACUUCAGUGUGAAAGAGCCUAGAAGUUCAUUAAAGUUUUCCUCUUCCCCUUCUAUAGCCCAGAUGUGUGUAUGUAAAUGUAUUUAUGUGUAUGUAUAUAUAUGUACAUAUGUGUGUAUAUAUAUAUAUAUAUCUUACACAUCUUACUUGAUAUUGUAUAUACACAAACAGAAACUACAAGUUUUUUUCAUGUGUUUAGUGCCAUAACACCUGCCACAAAUAUAAAACUCUUCUUGCAACUUUUUUUGUUAUUUUAAUUAUCACUUUAAUUUUCAAGUAAUUUAAGAAUUCAAAGAUUACUAUUUUAAAGAUAUUAAAUAAGUCUCAGUAGGCAAUAAAGAUGUUAUGUGGCACACAAGGCAUUUACAUUUAUGAAUUUGUUUCCAGUUUUGAUUAUCAGACAUUUUACUUAAAUUGUGUUUUAAUUUUAUUUCUUUUUAGGCUAAUUUAGUCUCAAAAUUCUGAAAAUGUUAUAGCAGUGUUUUUAGAAACAUUGUAAAAACAGUCAAAUUAAAUAGAUAGUAUUUAUAAAUGUACAGUGCCCUUCAGAUCUACCAUUGAUAGGAAAUAAACCUUAUAUUUUAUUAUUUUUGCCAAAAUAUAUUAUUUUAUUAUAAAAUUUGACCAAAAUAUUUAAAAUUUACAAUGCUUCUAAUUCAAUAUGCUAACCCUAUUUCUGUCUGUUUCAUGCUAUGUCUUUUCUGAUUCAGAAUUAUAAAAAACUUGAUAAAUACUUGAUUUUUAGCCAAUGAGACUGGCAGUAGAUGGGGAUAAGUGUUUAAGGGACAGUUAUAUAUGACUUAGCUUAAAUUUAUUUUUAGUUAGAACUAUAACUGACCAUUUUUAUGUAAGGAAAUAUGGAAAACUAUUUGGAAUUAAAGAGUCAAAGCAAAGAAAUGAAGGGCUGGUAAAUGAAUUUUGUAAUAUCCUCAGGAUACUUUUAUUAUAAAAGUAUAUUGUUAAAGGUUUUGUAAAUUGUAUUUCAUAAUUUUAAAUAUAGUGAGCAAGUUACAGUGAAAACACUGUCCUUAUAGAGAGUUUAUAUGCACAUAGUAACCUGUACCUGUAAAUUGUGCAAUAACAAUAUAUGACUAUUUUACAAUAGAGAAAUCUGUGACAACAUUGCAAACAAUAUUAUUCUUUGUUGUAGCUAAGUUAUUUUUUAGUAAUCUCUUCACAAAUCAAGAUUCAAAAGGCUUUAAACACUUUCCAUAAGAAAGGAAAUUUAUCGUGUUUAUUAAAAACAAGAGGCUUUGGGUAUGAACUAUUGAGCAUUCUAAUCGAGGGUUUAUAUGAAUAACCACAUUAUGUAAGCCCAUAUGUAUUUACAUCCAGAGUCAUAUUUUAAAUAAACAAUCAUGUAGUGA